AUGGCCGAAUCUUCGUUUAAAGCGAAGACGAUGAAGAGGAAGAACGUCAAGGGGCUCGCGCUCAGCGCUCCUCCGCCCAAGCCCGCACCUUCCGCCGGCGACGCCCAGAUACCCGGCGCUCUUGGUAACGAUGAGAAGCAAGACACUCUCGAGAUCGGUGUGGAGUUCAGGCUUGACUUGAAGGCAGAGGAUCUGAUCGUGCUGCGGGAACUUGGCUCAGGAAACGGAGGAACCGUCAGUAAAGUGCAGCAUGUGGCUACCAAGGUCAUCAUGGCCAGGAAGAUUAUACACGUUGAAGCCAAGAACGAAGUACGAAAGCGAAUAGUACGAGAACUGCGAAUUAUGCACGACUGCAACUCGGAUUACAUUGUCGAUUUCUACGGCGCCUUCCAGAGCGAGUCCGGGGAUGUAAUAAUGUGCAUGGAGCACAUGGAUGUGGGAUCGCUUGACUGGGUGUCCCGCAAAUUCGGACCUGUCCGUGUCGACGUCCUCGGAAAGAUCUCGGAAGCGGUGCUCGGCGGCCUCGCCUACCUUUACAGCGCUCACCGCAUCAUGCAUCGCGAUUUGAAACCGUCCAACAUCCUAGUCAACUCGAAAGGUCAAAUCAAACUAUGCGAUUUCGGAGUCUCAAGCGAACUGGAAGGUUCGAUUGCCGAAACCUUCGUAGGAACAGGCACAUACAUGGCUCCGGAGCGGAUACAAGGGUCGCCAUACACCGUCAAGUCGGAUGUGUGGAGUGUUGGCCUGUCGUUGAUGGAGCUGGCCAUUGGCAAGUUUCCCUUUUCUGGCGGCGCCGACGACGAUGAACCAGGUGGUCCUCAAGGCAUUCUCGAUCUUCUGCAGCAGAUCGUGCUUGAGCCAGCCCCGAAGCUACCCAAGAGCGAUGCGUUCCCGUCAAUCUUGGAAGAUAUGAUUGCAAAGUGCUUGUUGAAGAACCCGGCAGAGCGGCCAACACCUAAGGAGCUUUACGAUCACGACGCCUUCCUCCAAGCAGCGAAACGUACACCCGUCGACCUAGAGGCUUGGGCAGUGAGCAUGCUUGAGCACAACAAGCGCAAGUCACAUUUGGCCCCUGCCCCGCCGUCAGCAACUAUCAAAGAGAAACUGCGCGAACGAUCGCCCCCGUCACGGCGAGACUCGGGCGACCUAAGAGCUCAACAAGCGCCAAAUGGUUCCGGCUCAGCACCUCCACGACCCUCAUAUCCAGUACGGACGUCAAGCAGCUCUAGCCAGAACAUUAUGAACCUCCCGAUAAGACCUGCACCCGCACCAUUAGAUGGAUCGAAUUCGAGGCCAGGGUCAAGAGGACCUGCGAAUGGACCUUCGAACGGAGGAUUACCUCCGGCGCCCAGACGGUGGAAUAGCGAGGUGCAAUAUGAGUAG